AUGGCGGCUGACCGGAAAGCUCGCACUGUGGUUUUUAAAACCCUAGAGGAAGCUAGUUUGGUCGAAAUCAAACAAGAAAUUGAGAAGGAAAUAGAAGAGGGAUGUCUUGUUGUAUUACAAGAGCUUAAACCGUUUGAAUACCUGGCUGAGUUUAAGGAGCAAUCACAAUCGGAAAACCUGAUUGAAAUGGGCUUCGACUUGAGCACAAUACAUGUCGAUUGUCAUCCACCGAGAGGAUACUAUACCAAUGUAUCACUGAUGGGACUCAGAGCGUACAUCGAAGACAACGAGAUAACCUCCGUGUUAGAGAAAUAUGGGGAGAUUAAAGGGCCUAUAGUUAGGCUGAAAUACAAAACAGGACACGAACUAGCUGGGCUAGAAAACGGUAAUCGAUUGGUGAAAAUUGUACUAAAUCAGCCAUCAAUCCCUUAUUCGCUCAAGAUUGAUGGCGAGUGGUGUCGUGUUAUUCACUCGGGGCAGAAACCAUACUGCUCAACAUGCAGUGAAUUCGGGCACAACCGCAGAAAUUGCAAGGAGACCGUGUGCCACAAGUGUAACGAGAAAGGACAUAUUGCCAGAGACUGCACAACAGGACCUGACCACGACAACAAACAAAAACAAAACCAUGACCUGCGUGAAGCUACGGACACUGAACAAGGAAAACCAAUGCCUCAGGACAAUGAUGAAUCCCAAAAUAAAGCAGAACCACCCAACGAAACCGAAGCGAAGAUGGACACCAAUGGAAACGACAAUCCCAACUAA